GCUCCAUGGGGACGGGCUGAGUCGCGCAAAUGUAGAUUGAUGUCCAAAAGGUUUAGGCACCCGGACGCGUAGAGUAAAGGUGCGGAUGCACUGAACGCACUAUCGAACGCUUCCCAACGGCAGCUCACAAUGGCGCAGAACGGUAUACCAGCGUUGGGUGGGUUCGCGGUACCACCAGUGGCAAUGCCGAAUGAAGGAGUUCCAGCAGCGAAUAUAAAUUUCGGCCCACCCCUGUUCGGCUUCGGACAAGGCUUCUUCAACUUCGGGCUAGGCCCCUUAGGCAUGGGACGCGGUAACUUGCAACAACCGCAGGGCGUCGGAGACAACCUAACGACGCUGUUCGCGUUCGCCAGAAGAAACUUGAAACCGACCCGUGGCCGGAACAGCCAGGUGGGACACAACUUACGCCCGCCGGAUUGGAGUAAGAUUGACUUGCCGACAUGCCACAAGGAUCUCUACAGGGAAGACUUCAGGACGGCCCUUAGAUCGACGGUAGAAGUGGAGGCCUACCGGGAAGCCAACGAGAUCAUUGUCACGGGACGCAGUGUGCCCAAGCCGAUCCUCCACGUCGACGAAGCUGGCUUCCCUGACUUUGUGAAGAAAGUCGUCGAGGCUCGCAACGCUGGCUCGUCACCGGCCGCGUUGCAAGCUCAGUGCUGGCCCAUAGCACUUAGCGGCCGAGAUCUCGUGGCCGUCGUCGAUAGCCCUGCAUCGGAAGGGAAGUCGCUGGCCUACCUCGUCCCGGCUAUUGUCCACCUUCAGCACCAGCCAGCCGUGCUGCAUGGGGGUGGACCCGUAGUGCUGGUGCUGACAGCGACGCGCGAAGUGGCCCAGAACGUUCGCGCCACUGUCGAGGAGCUUAGCGAGAGGUCGGGAAUUCGAACAGCGUAUGUCGUGUCUGGCUUUCCGAAGGAACCUCAGCGGAGGCAGCUGGAGGAUGGCGCCGAGAUCUGCAUCGCAACGCCAGGCCGCCUGGUAGCCUUCAUGGAAGACUGCAAGGUGAACUUGCACCGCUGCACGUACCUGGUGCUGGACGAAGUGGACCGCAUGGUGGCGAUGGGCUUCCGCAAGCAGCUUUGCGCCAUCGCGAACAACACCCGACCGGACCGCCAGACGCUCGUGUGGCUCUCAUCCCGCACGUUAGAGUCGCAUCGACUCGUAGAGGAGUUGGCGAAGGACUACGUCACCGUCAGCGUCGGGACGGUGACCCCGGAGUACAAGAACCGGCAAAUAGAGCACAUCGUCUAUUUUUGCGAAAAGGCUGAUAAGGAGGACGAGCUCAUCGCCCUCUUGAAGGACAUCCUCAAGGAAGAGAGUGACAACGCCAUCGUAUUUGUCGAAACGAAGAAAACGGUGGAAGAACUGACUUGGAGCAUGCGCCUCCAGGGCUGGCUCGCCGUCGGCAUCCACAGCAGCAAGACGGAGAGAGAACGGGAGUGGGCCCUGAAUGCCCUGCGGUUCGGCAAGGCGCGCGUCUUGGUGGCCACAGACAUGAUAGCGACGGCUCUCCACCUGGACAACGUGCGCUUCGUCGUCAGCUACGACUGCCCGAGCAACCCGGGCGAAUAUUCGCGCCGCUUCGAGCACGCGGCCCGGCUUGACGGUACGGGUAGGAAGUACACGUUCUUGGAACCCGGAGACAGUGCGCGUGCCAGGGAGCUGAUGUGGUUUCUCCAAGAUGCCAAGCAGGCAAUACCUGCGCAGCUACGUAAGGUGGCGAAGCAGGUGACACGAAAGUAGGAGCAGGUGACAUGACAGCAGUCUCCGAAUAGCUCCUACGGCUGCUGGACAUUUUGUGGAAAUCGCCAUUGGAAUCACCGCUCGCCACCGAUAAUAUCUGGCCCACCGUAUAGUGACACGGAAACAGUGCUCCGCACGUUGACAGCGGACGUGCAGUCGCUAUAGAUUGAGCCAUGCGUAGAAUCCCGCAGGGAAUAAAACCAAAUUCCACUUGC